AUGGCCAAAGGUCUAGCCAUUGAUGGAUUUCUAAAAACCGAUGAAAGACAAAGACUGGCAAAGGAGAGAAGAGAAGAAAGGGAGAAAUACCUUGCUGCUAGGGAACAGCAGAUACUGGAGAAGGAGAGAAGAGCAAAACUUCAAUAUGAAAAGCAAAUGGAGGAGCGAUGGAGAAGACUGGAGGAACAGAGGCAGAGAGAGGAGCAGAAGAGAGCAGCCGUUGAAGAAAAACGGAGACAAAAGCUUAAAGAGGAGGAGGAACGUUUAGAAGCCAUGAUGCGUCGGUCCCUUGAACGCAGCCAGCAGCUGGAACAGAAGCAAAAGCGAUGGUCGUGGGGAGGAGCACUGGCUGCAGGCUCAGGAGGGAGAGAUGGUGAAUCAGAAAAUACCCCACCCCCUGUUCUAGGUUUAGCUGCCAACACCCUUCCUCCAGACCCUGUGACCUCUACUGCUCCUGCUGAUUCCUUCAAUGCAUGUGACAAACUUUCAGCUUCUACAAUGAAUCUGCCAAAGCAAAUGGAAUCGCCAAUCAGUAAGCGCCUCUCCUCCUCCACAGCGGCAAUAACACAUUCCCCCGACAGAGCACCAGCUAGUCCUCUUAAAUCUCCCUACAAGCCUUCCCCCAGCCGAAGCACCGACAGAAAGAAGGCAACUUCACCCUCCACUUCCGAUGCCAUGAAAGGGGCGGCUGCAGCUGAAGUUACUCAGACUGAGAAGAUAAAGAAAGAGAAGCGACCCACAACACCUGGUUCAUCGUCUGGUAUGGGAUCUCCUCUAAGAAGGUCUGAUUCUCCUGCUGCCAUGUCCAGAAGAUCCGCAUCACCUGCGACACCCAAGACAGUUGCAAAGACUUAUCCCCAGUCUCCUAAAAACGCCAAACAAUACCCAGCUUCUCCUGUGAAGCAUCGUGCCACUUCUAAUCUCAACCAGGAAACUCCUAAAAAGAAAGCAGACAAGGAAAAAGAAAACAUCAGUCAUCAAAAAUCCCCGGGAGCACGCACCGAUGAGGCAGGCCAGGUGGCUUCUGAGAAGCACAUGCCUUCUGCAGGAAAGACUGAAAAUAGUGAAGGGAAGAUCACAGCAGGAACAACUGAUGCAGAAGAAGCUUCAAAAAUUCUAGCUGAAAAAAGACGACAGGCCCGCCUGCAAAAAGAACAAGAAGAAAGGGAGAGACAGGAAAGAGAAGAACGGGAGAGGCUUGAAAGAGAAGAACAGAAAAGAAAGGCAGAAGAAGAAAGACUUCGUCUGGAGGAAGAGGCUCGUAAGAAGGAGGAGGAAAGAAAACGUGAAGAAGAAGCAGCUAGAAAAAAGGCGGAAGAGGAAGCUAGGAGAAGAGCUGAGGAAGAACAAAUGCUAAAGGAAAAACAAGAAAAAGAGCUCCAGGCCAAACUUGAGAGACAGAGGGAAGAAGCAGAAAUCAAAGCGCGUGAGGCAGCUGAACAACUUCGUCUUGAAAGGGAACAAAUCAUGCAGCAAAUUGAGCAAGAAAGACUGGAGCGGAAGAAGAGAAUAGAUGAAAUAAUGAAGAGAACAAGGAGGAGUGAAACACCAGAAAUAAAGAAGGAAGAGCCAAAACUGGAGGUACCAUCAACUUUGAAUGUGGAAAAGCAACCAAAGGCCCUUGUUCUCAACCAGCCAGAGAUCAAUGGAUUGGCAACCUGCCUGAAAAAUAAAAGCUUAGAAAGUGCUGUCUCUGUAAUCCCUUCCCAAGAUGUAGUUGCUAAUGGACUAAAGUCAGUUCCAGGACUUAUCCAGCUGGAAGCUGUUGAUGGGAAAUCUAACAGCAUGGAAGAUUCAACAGAUGAGGUUCAGUCCAUGGAUGUGAGCCCGGUUUCAAAAGAAGAACUUAUCUCUAUCCCUGAAUAUUCACCCAUGAAUGAACUCAUGCCCGGUGUUUCUUUGGACCAAAAUGGGACAAGUAAUGCCAAGGCUCUUGAAGAUCUCUUGGAUUUCACAGGCCAAGCUACAUACUCCAAGAUGUCCAGUGAUACCAUCAGCCUAGAUGACUGUAACAAAAACUUGAUUGAGGGAUUUAACAGUCCAGGACAGGAAAAUACACUUAAUUCUAUCUGUUGACAACCUCGCUUUUCAGCAGAACAAAUAAAGAGGUACCAACUUCUGGAGGAUAUAUAUCCCUGUGAUGCUACUGGCAGUAAAAUAUGAGCUUGUCACUUGAAAAAGCUUCUGCAGUCCUUGAACACUGGAUUUCAAAUAAUCAGAGCUGAAUAUAACUUUGUCUUCCCAGGGAAUAUGUUGACUAACUGGCUGCUUUUGGUAGAAACCAAUGAUCUAGAGCCUUGAUGGUUUCAGGGAAGACUGAGUGUGCAUUAGAAUUUGAGCUUUAGCUGCUAAUAAAGCACUUAUUUCUUCUUUUAAUUUAAAAUUCAUCUCAACACUUCACUGUGAUUUUUACCUGCAUUUUAUUUUGAAACAAUUCUUCCUUAAGCUUUAUCAUACAUCCAUUUAGACAUGUUUUUCUUGUAAAUAAUGAUGAGGUUUGCCCACAGUGCAUUGAAAUGAAAUAAUACACUGUACUUUAGUUUUGUGCCUAUCUUUUUUGUCUUUAAUAAGGAGUUAUUGGCAACUUUUAUGCAGGUGUAUAAUUCAAAACUAUAGCUGAAGAAGCUUGAAAAA